CUCUAUAUAACAGCCCCAUAAUAGUGGCCUGCUCCAGUCUUCUCCGCGGUACCAUGAGGACGUUAGGAGUCCUGACACUUCUUUCGGCAGCAGUCCUGCUUUGCAGCGCUGCCCCAGGUUUGGAACCACUAACAUGCAGAAAAGUUAACAGUUCGGUGGCAGCAGAUAAGGCAGUGCAUCACAUCAAUGAGUAUCACGACCAUGGCUACAAGUUCAGACUGCAUGAAGUUCAAGGGAACAGUGUGGAACAGGUUGAUGGUGGAUGUAAUGUAAAGUUGCAGCUGGAUCUUCGGGAGACAAAAUGCCACACUAUCAACCCGAAACCCUUUGAGGACUGUGAAAUACGUAGCGAGUUAGCGCGGGCAGUGAAGGCCAACUGCACUGUGUUGAUGACUAUAAAAGAUGGUGAUGCCAACAUAACCAAAUAUGAAUGUGACACACGACAAGAAAAAACGAAUUUGGAGAUGGUACGCAUCUGCCCUGACUGUCCUGUGCUGCUGCCUCUCAACAACUCUGAAGGUCUCAAGUCUGUUCGUGAAGCGACAGCAGAAUUCAACAAGAACACCAGUAACCAGCAUUACUACAUCUUGAAGGAAGUGGGACGGAUAUCAACUGGGUAUAUAAUGGGAUUAGGAAUGAACUACUAUCCUGAGUUCGCUCUUGUGGAGACUCGUUGCCCAAUGGGCUCUAGAAUCAUAAUUGAGGCAUGCGUUCCGCUCUGUCCUGACAGAGCUCGUCAUGCUUUCUGCCGUUCAUCUUACUCCAGUCAAAAUGGACUCCUGUCCACUGAGUGUGAGUUCUAUCCUGCAGAGAACACCACUGCCCUUGGGCCUGGUGAGAAGGAGCCUGUCUGUGGACAUCAUGGAAGACGCCAUCCACAUGGUCAUGGUGGCCCCCCUCCACAUGCUCACGACCAUGGUGGUGGCCCCCCUCCACAUGCUCACAACCAUGGUGGUGGCCCCCCUCCACAUGCUCACGACCAUGGUGGUGGCCCCCCUCCACAUGCUCACGACCAUGGUCAUGGCUCUCCUCCUCCUGGUGGCAAGGGUAAAGGAUCAUUUCACCCCCUACGGCACUUUCAUCCAUGUCAUGGAUUCCUUGUCAAUCCUGACCCAGCUCUCCACCCUAUUUGCCCCUGGCCUCUUCCUCACCGCACACAAAACUAAUCCAGAAUUAGCCAAGCAUUGCCAAAUAAAGAACAUGGUAUUUUUGCGUGGAAUGUGCCGAAACAUAGUGCAUACAAAAUAAACCAUCUAGGUGUUGACUACUUGAA